CGGGAUUUCGGCGACGUCACCAUGGUGUCGCAUGCAACGCCGCGUUAUCUUUUAUUAAGAGUCGAGCUACCUCCGAGGACCCUCAGUAAAUCCACACCGGCCCAUACCCACACGUUAUACUCGCACUCUCGUCCUCAUUCUCGAGUUUUACUUCACGCUGCGAUCCAGGACUUGACUUCCGCAUAGUUUUUAACACAGACCAAGAUGAAGGUCCUCACAAAGGAAGAAGAACAGGCGCAUUACAAUGCUACCAUCAAGGGCGGAACAAUAGGAGGUGUUAUUGGCCUCACGAUUGGUGCCGCAGGUGUCGUGGGUGCGAGCAGACGAUAUGCGAGUUUUAGAGCUCUUACCGUCCCGUUCCGAGCUUUCCUCGUCGCCUCAACAGGAACAUUUAUCUCCGUUAUUGCCGCCGACCGCGCUUCCGCUGCCUACGACAUUGAGCACACCCCCGAAAAGAAGCGCCAAGUCGAGCGCGAACGCGAACGCGAAGCCCUCCUCGAAGCCAACAAAUCCGUCUAUGAACGCGCGAAAGAAUGGACAACCGACAACCGAUACCCGCUCCUCUUCGGCUUCUGGGUCGCCUCCAUGGCCGGCUCCUGGGCAUUGGUCAACCGCAAUCCUUAUUUGAGCGGAAGUCAGAAGUUGGUGCAGGCUAGGAUGUACGCGCAGGGCGGCACACUGGCAGCGCUGUUAACUAGCUUUGCGCUUGAGGGGAAUGACGCGGCCAAGGGCAAGGGUCGGUGGGAGACGAUCAAGGUGUUGGAUCCUAAUGAUCCCGAGCACAAGCAUAUUAUUGAAAAGAGGAUUCAUCAUGAGAGGUAUUCUGGGGAGGACCAAUGGAGAGAAAUGAUUGAGGCUGAAGAAGAGCGCAUAAACGAGCGCAAGGCUGCCGCUGCAAAGGCCAAAGACCAGGAACAGCAGGCGACGAAGAAGGAGACAAAGUCUGAAAAGUCAUGAACAUCUACAACCCUAUUCCCCGACCCCCACAGAGUUUCAACCCGAGAGCAUCCCAUAGCCUGCUUUUGUUGAAAAGUAUUGUCGUUUCCCGGCGUUUGGUGGUAUCUUGCGAUACAAUUCUUUUAAAGUACCUCCGAAAUUUGUAUCAUUACUCUCGGAUUUCCAAUGGACAUAAAUGUAGCGCCAGCAUGGUAGACAUGACCGCGCUGGAAAAGAGCGUUUCAAUUCAUAGUUCGAUCAAGAUUGCACAUUUUUGCAAUACUCACCAACGGUUGAAUAACUUCUCAUUCUUCCAGUAUCGAUUGCUUUGAACAGUUCUUCAG